AGAAGGAGCUCAUCUUAUUCGAAUAUAUUUAGGAUUUCAGCCAAAAAGUUCACAAGUUAAAUUUGAAGCUGUUGACUUGUUUACCCGUGAUAAAGAUCUUAUCAGCAGGAGGCUUUAAACUUUCAGUCUCUGCGCCUUCAGGGCGCAGCUGGAGCGGUCAUGUCCACUGGCUCUGUUGCGAGUGAUGCGGAUGAAGUGCGUCACAGGAGGACUGCCGUCCUUUGCAAGAGCCCAGCGAGGAAGACAAUUACCCGCUUCCCCCCCAGCCGGCGUUCCGAAGAGGUGCUGGACAGUGACAGUGUGGGAAGGAGGAUCAAGCCGGAGCGCCGCGCGCUCUCCAGAGCGCAUCACAAGGAGACGCGGCGGAUGCAGAGAAACGCGGCCAAUGCGCGAGAGAGGGCGAGGAUGAGAGUGCUGAGCAAGGCCUUCUCCAGACUGAAAACCAGCCUGCCCUGGGUCCCGGCGGACACCAAGCUGUCCAAACUGGACACUCUACGGCUCGCCUCCAGUUACAUUUCCCACCUUAGACAGCUACUGCAGGAUGGACGCUUUGAGAGCAGCUUUGCGCAUCCAGUGAAUCUGACAUGGCCUUUUAUGAUGACUGGACGACCAGAAGAAGACAUUUCAACUCCAGUGAGACUCUGCGGGGCAACAGCAUAGAUCCCCAGAGGUGCUGCGCCUAUCCCACAAGAUCAUCUCCAAAGAGCUGUUACCCUUGUUUUAAUAUUAUUCUUGUGCAUGCAUCACUUUUUAACUUUUUUUAUUUUAAAUGCUGUUACUUUCAUUAGUUUUCUUCAUAAACGUUCACAACACAUUAGAAUAUCUUGAUGAUUUACAAAAUUUCCAGGUUUAUUCAGGAUCAUUCUUGAUUGAAAAAGCUUUACAAAUAAGCUGCUCUCCUGAACACUUUCUCUAAUCACUGUUUCACCCGCUUACUUUGUCAUACUACCAUCAAAACUGACAUUUAGUGUCAAUAUAUUUAUUUUUUGUAACAAAUAAAAAAUAAUAACUGCUA